CUCACAAACUAUAUUGUUUUCUUCAUCUCUCUCUCUCUCUCUCUCUCUCUCUCUCUCUCUCUCUCUCUCACAUACACACACACACACACACACACACACAAACAGUGCGUGCGCGCUUCACGGACAUUUUUCAGCCCUCUCUCUCCAGCGUGCGCGCUCACGAGCUUUUCUCGGCGCUCGCUGAAGUUUGCGCUCGCGCUCCGUCCGUCCCUCUCACGGCUCUCGGGGCUCCUGCGAGGCGCGCGCUGGAAUGAGCCCACCUCCUCCUCCUCUUCUUCCUCCUCGCGCGCUCUCCAUCCCGCUCUUCCUCCUCGUCCUCUUGUAGCGCGAGCGGCUCCGCAGCAGCGCUGGUGAUGCGCCUGGAUCGGCGCGCGCAGCAGCAGCAGCAGUACCACCACAGAGGACCUCCGAGCAGCCACCCUCCCGCGCGCGGCGCUUUUCCCGCGACUUUCCUGCUGUUUUUGCUGCUCUGAGGGCGGAAUUGGGGAACUGGGAAGUUUUUUUCCGUACCUUUGGAUUUACCUGGCAUGGAGCGCGCGGCGAGGAUGCAGCAGGGCGCUCGCGCGUUUGGGCAUCUUUAGUAAGAAAGGAGGGCAUUAAAAGAAGCUCGUGAGAGAAGGAGGAAUAAUAAACAGCAGCAGUAGCAGCAGCAGCGCGCCAGAGAAGAAAAAGCAUCAUGCACGUGCAUAUAUACGGCUUCCUGCUGCUUUUGGAUGAGCUGGUGGUCAGCAUGUGCAAAUCCUCGGCUCUGUCCGCGUCGGGGUCUCAGGACUGGGUGGACUGUGUAAAGGCCAGUGAGGUCUGUAACCAGAACCCGCAGUGUAGCUCUCGGUACCGCAUCAUGAGGCAGUGUCUGGUGGGGAAAGACUGGAACACCAUGCUGGCUAAUAAGGAGUGCCAGGCCGCUCUGGAGGUUCUGCAGGUGAGCCCGCUGUACGACUGCCGCUGUAAGAGGGGCAUGAAGAAGGAGCUGCAGUGCCUGCAGAGCUACUGGAGCAUCAACAUGGGCCUGAGUGAAGGUGAAGAUUUCUACGAGGCCACUCCCUACGAGCCUCUGCCCUCUGUCCGCCACUCUGAUGCCUUCCGCCUGGCCUCCAUCACUUCUGGAAUUAUGAAUGCUGGUGUAGGGAUGCGUCAGCCGCUGUGUUCCGGCCCCGGUCACUGUAACCCCUGCCUGGACGCCACCAAGGCCUGUAACCUGAACGAUAACUGCAAGCGGCAGCGCUCGGCCUACAUCAGCACCUGCACGCGGGCCGGGGGUCAGCAGGGUCAGCAGCAGCAGGAAGGCUGCAACCGAAAGCGCUGCCACAAAGCCCUGCGGCAGUUCCUGGAGCGCGUGGAGUCGCAGUACACCUUCGGCCUGCUGUUCUGCGCCUGCCGGGACAAAGCCUGUGCCGAGAGACGCCGCCAGACCAUCGUCCCCAGCUGCGCAUACGAGGACCGAGCCAAACCCAACUGCCUGCAGCUGCGCAAGACCUGCAGGACCGACGCCCUCUGCAGAUCAAGGCUGGCGGAUUUCCACACUAACUGUCAGAUGACCAGUGAUUUCGUCACCACCUGCCCUAAAGACGACAACCAGGCCUGCCUCACUGCCUACACCGGCCUCAUCGGAACUGAAAUGACUCCAAACUACGAGAACUCUAAUCACGAGGACUUCACCGUCUCGCCGUGGUGUACCUGCCAGAACAGUGGCAACAGUGAGGAGGAGUGUGAGAAGUUUCUGAAGGACUUUACUCAGAACACCUGCCUGCAAAAUGCUAUUGUAGCUUUCGGCUAUGGGAUAUUUAAAAUCGAUCCUCCAUUUGCUACACCAUCAGUGAACCCCGAGCCCAGCAUCGAGCCCAAAUCCACCGCCAGCCCCAACAGCACCCAAGCUACAAAUGAGGACACCGGAGAGGAGUGUGACCACUUUAAAAACUUCAACUGUGGUGGUGAUGAUAAUGCGAGAACCCAGUUCACGCUUUUGCCUGGGAACCGGAGCCCAGAGCUGAAGCUCGGCGCUGGAGCCUGGAUGCUGUGGCUGGUUUACGCAGCGGGAAGCAUCGCGGUCUGAACCUGCUGGACGCGUGCGUCUCAGAGACACAAGGACAGGCUUGACCGAUCUUCGAAAAAAAAAAAAAAAGACCAAAUUCUUUGCUCAUCUGUCUUCUCGCUACUGCUACAGCUUUAUUUCUGUCCAGAUUACAACGCAAGACAUCCAGUACGAGUGGAGGAACACCACCACCAAACGGAGAGCCGGAGAGAACGCUGAGAUACAUAUCCGAGACUAAAGCUGCAGUGCAUUGUGAGCGAGAACUAGACGGAUAUGGGUCGGACAUAGACGUUUGAAUGGAGUUGAAUGGAUAGAGUGGACGUGGAUGGAUGUUCCUCACUUUUUUGAGCUCCUGAUUCCAGUGGGAGUAAACGGACCCGUGAUUCGACCUUAAGUUUGGAAAGUUUGGAAGACGUUGGAUGACUCACAGCUGCAAGAUCGAACGUGGAGUUUUCAGGAGUCUACUGUACAGCAUCUUUUCAAAUGGAAGUUUGGUUGUACCCGUGUGACCAUUUUCACCUGCUGACCAGCUCCGGACUCCACCGACAUUUUGCUUUCCUUCUCUUUCUUUCUCUUCUUCCUUUCUUUCUUUCUUUUGCAGCCCUGACCUCCCGUUCCCCCUGAUUUAUCGGAUUGUUCGCUACGCUCUUCUCUGACAGGUGCUUCGGCUUUUUUUUUUUCGCUUCGUGAUUAUUCCUUUUCUCACGGCGCCUUCGCUUUCUUCGCCCCACUCUUAUAUUUUUCCCUCUCUCACCCCUUCAUCGCGGAGGAGUAAUUGCUUUUCUCGUGGUUCUUUUUUUUUUUCAGUACAAAGUGUUUGAAGUAUAAAUCUGUACCCUGUCGACAUGGUGUGAGGGCGUGUCGCUGCUGACAAGCUUUCUUAGUCCUGUUCUGUGCUUUUCUGACAGAUUUCAAAAGGGGGGAGAAAAAAAAAAUGUUAAUGAUAAAAAAAUGAAGCGUUUCUGAAAAGUACCAAUCGAUGAAGUGGAGGGCUGACACUCGUGGAAAGGGAAGUGAGUGUUCGAGUUUGAAGUGAGUUCUAAUGGGCACCCCACAAAGUACGGUAUAAUUGCAGUGUGUGAAUAUAAAAUAAAAUAAAAAAAAAUAUGUUUUUUUUUUUUCUUCAAUUGUACAGAUCACGAUUAUAAUGUAAAGUCUUUACGUCCGGGAUGAUUACAGUGAACGCUGGAGUGUGUGAAGGAACUUGAAGGGACUGAAGGAACUAAAGGGACAUGAGUGGAACGAAAACCAUGAAGUGCAGUUAGGGUGUGUGUUCUUAUACAUAAUUAUAAUUCAAACCUAUUCGACCUUCAGGUUCCUUUUUCCUGGGCCUUGAACCUCUAAACUUCUCUAAAUGCAUUCUGUUCCACAGCACCAGUCAAAGGUUUGGACCUAUCUGAAUGAAUGUGUAGUUUAAGUGUAGUUUAUGAGUUAAUUCUGGUUAAUAAAUAUACAGUAUAUCUAAUAUUCCUUGAUUUGUGAAUUUCAUCAGAUCAAAAAGAUUGUUUAAUUUAUUUCUAGGGAUAUUUUGUACUUUUUAGGUCAUUAUUUCUAGUUGCAUUGUCUAAUUCCUUCAUUACAAAUGCUUCAAUCAAGUAUUUUACUAGAUUACAUUUCUUAAAACAGUAAAAAAGUAAAAUAUUGUGAAAUAAGUUGAGUAAUCUUUGUAAUUAAUUAAUAGUAGUACAAAUGUUAUAAAAAAAAAUAUAUUGACUUCAUUAAGGAUUUUGCUGUAAAAAUGGCCUGACUGAUACCCAUUGUAAGAAGCUGAAUAUGAUAUUAUUAUAACUGAUAAUAUUGGCUGAUUUAGUUACAGGAUAUUAUUUAUAGAAUUUGUGAUUAUGUUGUUAUAUGCCAGUAAUUGUUGGUAAAAACUGAUUUGAUGACUGAUAUGAUGGUCAGUUAACUUCAUGGUCAUUAGAUACAUUUCCAUAUAUGUUUAUUUUACCUAUGUUAACCUUUUAUUACUCAUUUUUUGGGUGUUCAUUGAGGGUUAUGAGAAAGUUGAAGUAUUUUUUUAUAUAUACAUUUUUUUAUUAUUAUUUGUUUGCGUUUUUAGGUUGCUUGUAUGUUUUAAUUAGUUUUAAAAAUGCGCCUAUAUAUUUUAAAAAAGCUUUUAGAGAUAUAUUUCUUUUAGAAAUAUCCAGAAUUCCAAAAUACUGUUGUGUUGUAAAAGCACAUCAGUAACCUAUGUGCAACUAAGUUCCCCAAAAAAAGAUCAUUUUCUCUAUGGUUUUAAGAAUUUGAAAAAUCUGACAGAAGCAAACCAGUUGUAACUUUAACUCUUAAAGUUAUUAAUGAUCAUAACCACCAUUAAUAUGAAUAUAAAUGAAUAAUAAUCAGCUAUGUUUGUGCCAAUACCAAUAAAACUGUGAUUAUUUGAUAUCAGAACACUAUUAUCAGCCAUCUAGGAUAUCGGUCAGGCUCUGAUACCUUUGUAUGACAGGUAUGAACUGUAUGAACCUUCAGUCCUGAUGGAAAAUCAUCAUCUCAGAUGUUCUCCUCAUUAAAGCAACUUGAGGGAAUGCUUAAAGAAGGUGAAGAUCAGUUUAGGCUCAAGAGGAUCUGUUGAAGAGCCUAAAAGAAGAUCAAAAAUUUAGAAAGUUUAGAUUUGUUGGAGCUUAAUGUAUUUGUAUUGUUUCAUUGUUAGAAUGUCUUCGUCUUUAUUUUUCUUAUAAAAUUAGAAAUAUAUAUAUACUCUUCAAAAUAAGGUUAUCAAAAAGGGUUCUAAUGAGUGAUACCAGGGAAGAACCACUUUUGGUUCCUUAUAUGUUUAAGGAAAACUGGUUCACUGAUUCUGGUCUAGUUAAUUGGGGUUUCAUCAUAGAGAGAAAUCAUUAAACCAAGCAAAAAAAACAUGCUUGGCUAGAUCUUUAAGGAAUAUAGAAGAAAACAAAGAAAAUAAGAAUGAUCUUUUAAAGAGAUGUUUGAGCUAAGAAAAAAAUCCUUGGUUGAUUCAUACUCUCAGACUUUUUUGUUUAAAGGUGCCACGAUCCAUGAUCUAGACCAGAGAACCAAAAUAUGGUCCAUCAAAAAUCAACUAAACCGUGGUCCAGUUAAUUUGCAGUGUGUAAAAAUGUUUCUACAUGGUUCAGACUUUCAGACUAAUUGCAGGAAAUUAUUGCAGGCUAUUCUCAUCACUUAAACAACAGAAGAAGAAAAAGCACUAGUGUUGUUUUGUAGUAAUAUUAUAGGGGUUUACAUGUGCAACUGCUGUAUCUACUGUAACUGUAGAUUAACCCUUAUUUCUAAACAGAUAUAAAAGGAAUUCAAGCUCAUUCUAUUGAGCUCAUUCUGCUGUAAGUUUCUGGAAAGGGAGGCAGAAUUCAGCACAACAUCUAAAAAAGGCAUCUGACUGAAUGAACAACAUUCUAUUUUUUAGUUCACACAUAGUAAACUGCAGUGUUAAACCAAAACCAACCACACUAAAUGUAGUGUAUAACAUAUAACAGUGGCGUGUAGUUAAUAUAGUCGGUACCCCUUGGUUAUAACCCCCCCACACACACACAUACACACACACACACAACCUCCGCCGCUGACGCUAACCACAUAUUCUCUGUUUUAACUUAGUACACAUUAACUAAUUCCUACAAGUACAGCUGUUGAACAAAGAUCACUCGUUUGUAUGCCUACAGUACACCAGAGCAGCCAAAACAUUAAGUACACACACAAAAAAAAACAGUCAGGUGGCCUUUUAUUGUGAAUUAGUUUCACAUUGAAGGACAGCCUUUAAAAAAGCUAUUUAAUAUGAUGUGACACAAUAUCUGUCUGAUUUGCAGUCGCAAUUCCAUGAUAGUUAGCUGAUUAUUUAACUAAGCCAGAAUGUGUGCUGUUUUACAACUGAGCAACGCGUAGCCUCUUCAGCACAGCGCUGAGAAUGGGUUACACAGUCAUGGCCCCGCCCCCGUAGUGAAAAUCAUGAAUCUGAUUGGUUAGACUGUUCUUUGACUUUGCUAACAGACUCAUUACUACACCCUUCUCAAAAUCAGUAAAAGGGCUACGCAGACACAAGGGGGCAGAAGCCAUUUUAAAAAGCUUUGAUUGGCUAGAACAGCUGUCAGUCAGAUAAGAGUCCCGUAGCAAAUGAAGAACGCAGACUAAUGCUUUGAAUUAGUUGCUGUUUUUUAUUUUAGUUAGUUUAUAAAAUAUAUGCUUAUAGUUUUACAAUAGCUAAAAAAUAUAUUUCCUUAUUAAAUAUUAUGUAAUGAUUUCCAUGCACCUAGAAGGGCCUCACUGCACACCACCGACAUGUAAGAAACGUAGGAACCUUGCUCCGGGUUACACAGUCAAAAUUAUAAAUUUCUUGCAAUUAUACACCCAAGCCAAAAACCACUAAAACCUUAAUUUUGAAGAGUGUGUAACCUGUCCAAACUUUUGACUGCUGCUCACUGUGAAACAGAGCACUGGGUGAUAGGAGUCGUAGUCUCUGCCAAAGAUGGGAAGAAACGCUGUGCCGUGCAGGAACUGCGGAAAACAAGCCUGAAAUUGUUCUUUUUGCCAAACGUGCCCCAGGUUGUGUUCAACACGAGUGUGUUUCGAGUUGUGUGAAUGCGUCAGGGAACCAAAUUCAAGUAUUGGAAACACACCCUAAGGAGACAAGCGGAGGUGCCAAUGCAACGAGUUAUUAACAGCCAUUGUGUAAUCUGUCUAAUAUUUGAAUAGAAAUGUAUACAAAAAUAAAACCUCAUUAACAGUC